UAAUAAUUACAUCGUCCACACGACCGCUUCAACCGCACCAUUCCUUGGUUGGCAUUGCAUCCUCUCUCUUUCCCCUCAGGUGGCGGGGGUGGGGGCGGAGGGGAUUAGGGCUCGCGUUUGGGGCUCCCGGAUGCGUAGUUGUUGAAGCGGAGGAGGAGGAGGAGGAGGUUGGAGGAGGAGAUGAGCGCGUCGAGGUUUAUAAAGUGCGUUACGGUGGGGGAUGGGGCCGUUGGGAAAACCUGUAUGCUCAUCUCCUACACCAGCAACACUUUCCCCACGGAUUACGUUCCAACGGUCUUUGACAAUUUUAGUGCAAAUGUGGUGGUUGAUGGUAGCACUGUGAACUUAGGUUUGUGGGAUACGGCAGGGCAGGAGGAUUACAAUAGGUUAAGACCAUUGAGCUAUCGUGGUGCUGAUGUUUUUCUCCUGGCGUUCUCCCUCAUCAGUAAGGCGAGCUAUGAAAAUGUUGCUAAGAAGUGGAUUCCUGAGCUGAGGCAUUAUGCUCCUGGUGUACCUAUAAUUCUUGUUGGAACAAAGCUUGAUCUUCGAGAUGAUAAGCAGUUUUUUAUAGAUCACCCUGGCGCUGUUCCCAUCACUACUGCACAGGGAGAAGAACUCAGGAAGCUAAUAGGAGCUCCGGCCUACAUCGAAUGCAGCUCGAAGACCCAACAAAACAUCAAGGCAGUUUUUGAUGCAGCUAUUAAAGUGGUUCUCCAGCCUCCAAAGCAAAAGAAGAAAAAGAAAAAGGCGCAGAAGGGCUGCUACAUCUUGUGAUCAAAGAACAGACGACAGCGACCCUUUUCUUUAGUUCUCCUUCUCGCUAGUCCCUCGGCUUCAGCAAAGGAUCUCGGCCUCGGUCUAUAAUCUACUGACACCUGUAACACAAUCUAUCAGAGCAUUCAGGUGAUCUGUUUCAUCUCCUCUCCCUCUCUCCCUUGUGUGAUGAUCUUGUGACUAACUGGUUGUAAUAUAUGGCGCACCAAUGUUGUUCAAAUGAUCUGUUCACGGUAUUAUUAGGCAAAAUCUUGUUUGUUAAUUGUUAUCUGCUAUACUUGAAAAGUGAACGUGGUUUUAACGGCUAUUAUGUAACUUUAUUUACUGGAAAAGUUUGGUAUCUUUGCGGCACUCUCUGUACUUCCUAAGUGAACCGUCGCAAACCUUUUCGCCUUUAAUCUUAAUUCAUUUGUUCUAA